CCCCCCCCCCCCCGAACUGUACUCUAACGCACUGUGGUGUGAACGCAUGCCUGCUUCUCAGACCCACAGACUACUACUACUGGCUCCACUUUGACUCGACAAUGAUCUCACAUCUCUUCCUCAUCCUGUGGCUUGUGGGACACGGGGUGCAUGGCAUGUUUUCCCAGCAGCCACAGGACUUGGUGGUUGUGGCAGGCCAACCAGUCACCCUGCCUUGCUCCAUCCCUGGUUACCAUGGCGUUGUGCUGUGGAUCAAAGAUGGGCUGGCCUUGGGUGUUGGACGGGAUCUUUCAGGUUACCCACGGUACUCUGUGGUGGGGGACCAUAGUUCAGGCGAGCACCAUCUCCGAAUCCAGAGAGUGGAGCUGACAGAUGAUGCUGUCUUUGAGUGCCAGGCCAUCCAGGCAGCGAUGAGAUCGCGACCUGCUCGACUGACAGUUCUGGUUCCACCUAAUGACCCUGUUAUCAAUGGUGGGCCAGUCGUGAACUUGCGGGCAGGACACCCCCUCAACUUGACCUGCCACGCCGACAAUGCCAAACCCGCUGCCUCCAUCAUCUGGAUACGCAACGGAGAGGUUCUAAACGGCGCCAUGUACUCCAAGACGCUCCUCCGGGAUGGGCGGAGGGAGAGUACCAUCAGCACUCUCUACAUUUCCGCCUCCAACAUUGAGUCUGGUCAACAGAUCAUUUGCCGUGCCUCCAACAAGGCGGUGCCCAAUGGAAAGGAAACCAGUGUCACUAUUGACAUCCAACAUCUGCCACUGGUCAACCUUUCUGUGGAGCCACAGCCUAUCCUAGAAGGAAACCUGGUCAAGUUCCACUGCUCUGCCAAGGCUAACCCACCGGUCACACACUACAGAUGGACCAAAGGCGGCAAUGUGAUCAGGGAGGUGUCAGGUGACACCUAUGAGGUGAUUGUUGACCACUCUUUCUUCACCGAGCCUGUGUCCUGUGAGGUCACAAAUCCCCUGGGCAGCACCAACGUUAGCCGAAACGUGGACGUCUACUUUGGGCCCCGGAUGGCAGCUGAGCCACAGUCCCUGCAGGUGGACCUGGGCUCUGAUGCUGUGUUCAGCUGUGCUUGGACAGGCAACCCCUCUCUCACCAUCGUCUGGAUGAAGCGCGGCUCGGGAGUGGUUCUAAGUAACGAGAACAUCCUGACGCUGAAGGCGGUGAGGCAGGAGGAUGCUGGCAAGUACGUCUGUCGUGCCGUGGUCCCUCGGGUUGGCGCUGGUGAGAAGGAGGUCUCCUUGACAGUGAAUGGUCCCCCCACGAUCUCCAGCACCCAGACGCAGCAAGCACUGCAUGGAGAAAAGGGCCAGAUUAAGUGCUUCAUCCGCAGCACCCCUCCUCCGGACCGUAUUGCAUGGUCCUGGAAGGAGACAGUGCUGGAGUCUGGAACAUCGGGGCGCUACACGGUGGAGACAGUCAGCACGGAGGAGGGUGUCAUCUCCACUCUGACCAUGAGCAACAUCGUCCCUGCCGACUUUCAGACCAUUUACAACUGCACUGCUUGGAACAGCUUUGGCUCUGAUACUGAGAUCAUCCGCUUGAAGGAGCAAGAGUCACUGCCUGUGGCUGUCAUCAUCGGCGUGGCUGUGGGGGCGUUCGUGGCCUUUAUUGUCCUCAUGGGGACCAUCGGGGCAUUCUGCUGCACGCGCUCACAGAGGAAAGAUGCACACCUGGUUAUGCCUUCUCUGCCUGUCUCCAUCUGUCCUCACCAGAAAGACCUUGCAAGCAAAACUAACACAGAAAAUCUGAAAGGGGUGGUGUCAGCGAAGAAUGACAUCCGUGUGGAGAUUGUGCACAAGGACCACAAUGCAGCGAGGGAGAACGAGGAGCAUGCAACCAUCAAGCAGCUGAUGAUUGAGAGGGGCGAGUUCCAGCAAGAGUCAAUCCUAAAGCAGUUAGAGGUUCUACAAGAAGAGGAGAAGGAGUACCAGCACAUUAAGGACCCUACCAAUGGGUACUACAGUGUCAACACAUUCAAAGAGCACCACUCCACGCCCACCAUCACCCUGGGGGGAAAUCAGACCACCGAGAUGCGCAAUCCCUCUGCUGCCACCACAGGCAAGCAGAGGGUGCCCACAGGGAUGUCGUUCACCAACAUCUACUCGACACUGGGGGCCGGCCCCAAUCGCUUGUAUGACUACAGCCAGCGCUUUGUGCUGGGAAUGGGCAGCAGCUCAAUCGAGCUGUGCGAGCGUGAGUUCCAACGAGGCUCCCUCAGCGACUCCAGCUCCUUCCUGGACACGCAGUGUGACAGCAGCGUCAGCAGCUACAGCAAGCAGGACGGCUAUGUGCAUUUCGACAAGGAUAGCAAAGCCUCUGCCUCCUCCUCCUCCCACUACUCCCAGUCCUCCUCACAAAACUCUGACCUCACACGUCCCCUGCAGAAACGCAUGCAGACCCAUGUGUGACUGUAUGAGGGGGUGCACCCU